UGCAAUUUCCAAGGUGCCCUCCAGCCGAAAAAUUGUUUUGUCAAAUGUCUUCCUAAUUCGGAAACGGUCCGGAAAAUUCAGGAUGAUCCUGAAUCUAAAGAAACUAAACAGGUUCAUCGAAAACAAGCCAUUCAAGAUGGAAUGCCUCUCCAAGAUCCUGCCCCUGCUUCGCCCCCACGAGUGGGCGGCAUCUAUAGACUUAUCGGACGCGUAUCUUCACGUUCCAAUAGCAAAGUCCUCUCAGCAUCUCCUAGGUUUCGCAAUAGGAGGGGACACUUACCAGUAUCAGGCCCUCCCUUUCGGCCUUCGCUCUGCUCCUCGCAUUUUUACAAGGCUCGUCAGGGUAAUUGCUGCAGAGCUAAGAAGAAGAGGGGUAAAAAUUUUUUGUUAUCUCGACGAUUGGUUGAUCCUCGCCCCCUCAGAACAAUCCCUUCACAGACACUUGAAGGUCACUAUCGCGUUAACGACAAAUUUAGGCCUUCUCAUAAACUGGGAAAAAUCAAGAUUGACUCCAACUCAGACUCCGGAUUUCCUUGGAGCAUUUAUAGACAUCCCGCGUCAGCUGGCAGCCCCCCUUCCCCACCGGGUUCAGAGAACGAGAGCAGUCGCGGAGCAACUCCUGUCCAGUCGUUUCUCCACUGCGAAGACUUGGCAGAUUUUUCUGGGACUCUUAGCAAGCUUAGUGGAUACAGUCCCCCUUUGCAGACUGAGGAUGAGACUACUCCAGCUACAUCUCCUCAAGUUUUUUCGCCCACCCAUGGACGCCGAGAAAACCUACAUCCCUCUAUCUCCGGAGUCAAUAGGGGCCAUUCAGUGGUGGCUUCUUCCCUUGUCUCUGACCUCAGGGAAGCCCUUCAGAGGUCCCCUUCCGUCAGUGGUCAUCCUAACCGACGCCUCAAACCAAGGUUGGGGCGCAGUCAUGGACUCGAAGAGGGUGUGGGGGGACUGGACUGGUCAUCAGCUGAAUUUUCACAUAAACAGGUUGGAGAUGAUUGCGGUGCAGUUAGCCCUCCAACACUUUGCAUCCGAGAUAGUGGAAAAGUGUGUCCUGAUAAAGUCAGACAACCAGACGGUGGUAACAUAUCUCAACAAAGAAGGGGGAACUCGGUCAAGGACCCUUUGCAGACUGACUCUAGAGAUUUUGACAUGGUGCGACAGUCGCAACAUCACGGUGAAGGCAUCCCACAUUCCAGGAAAGGAGAAUCACAUAGCAGACUUCUUAUCGAGGGGACGCUAUCUCCCCUCGGAAUGGAUGCUCCACGAGGCUGUGGCCAAGGAGAUAUUCAAUCAAUUCGGCAACCCACAGAUAGAUCUAUUUGCCUCAACACUAAACAAGCAGAUCACUACUUACUGCACCAAGCACAGGGAUCCAAUAGCAGUGGCGACGGACGCCUUCUCAAUUCCAUGGGACAAUGUUUUCGGUUAUGCUUUUCCUCCAUUUGCAAUCAUCCCCAAGGUACUUCAGAAAGUAGAGGAGGAAGGAGCAACCAUACUGCUAGUCGCCCCCUGGUGGCCCCGCCGACCAUGGUUCUCAACGAUAGUCGGCCUUCUGUGGGGGAGCCCAGUGAUUCUACCGAUGAGGCAGGACAUCCUGAGUCAACCAGGGACCCAGCACUACUACCCCGAGCCCAACAAACUGAGGCUCACACUGUGGCCCAUUACAGGGCAGCAGCAAUCAAGGCUGGACUUUCUGAACGGGCUGCCAAUUUCUCGGCCGAAUGUUUACGGUCUUCCACACGAUCAACCUACGACUCCAGACUCAGUCACUAUGUUAGAUGGUGUCGGCAGGCUAAGACUAAUCCAUGCAAGGCAUCUGUAGGUGAGAUUGCUGAAUUUUUUAUAUCUUUGUAUGACAAGAAUUUGGCAUGUAAUACUAUUCGAGGUUACAGGUCUGCCAUAGCUGUCCUACAUGAAGGCUUUGACAAUGGUGAAUCUGUUUCCUCCUCUAUUUUUCUGUCAAGGUUAUUAAAGUCCUUCUUUCUUAACAGACCCAGUAGAAGGCUUCUUGCUCCUGCUUGGAGCCUUCCCCAGGUGUUAGUCUCCCUCAGUCAGCCCCCUUUUGAGCCAAUGCAUAAUGCAUCUUUGCGGGAUUUAACCAUAAAAACUGUUUUCCUUCUGGCAGCGGCUUCUGGUCAGAGGCGUAGCUCUAUCCAUGCUCUUACCACAGCUCCUGGGCAUAUUCGUUGGGAGAAAAACAAGGUUAGACUUAUUCCUCAUGGUCGUUUUCUUGCCAAGAAUCAACGGGAGUCCUCUCUCCCUCUUGAAAUUGUUCUACCAUCCAUAAGUUCCUUUUCUUCAGUUAGGGAGGAUAGGUUUUGGUGCCCGGUAAGAGCAUUAAAAUGGUAUCUUGAUAAGACUAAACAAUUUCGUGCUUCCGAUCAACUUUUUGUUAGUUUUAUUCCCCCUCACAGGGCCGUCUCGCCGGAUACUAUCUCUCGUUGGAUUGUGGAGGCAGUGAAAUCUGCUGGUGAUCCAGUCAUCAUUCACCAGAAAGUUAGAGCCCAUGACACAAGAGGAUUGGCUGCUUCCUGGGCUUUAUUCAAGGGCGUACCCAUGGAGGAUAUAAUGAAAGCGGCAUAUUGGUCCAACACUAAUACAUUCACAUCCUGCUACCUCUCGGAUGUCCUCGGUGAUGAAUCCAAGUUUGCAAGGGCCACCCUGUCCGGUUCCCAUCGCUAAUCCAAGGUAUGAGUUUAACUUUACAAGCUUGUCUUUAGUAUCUUGUAUAAUAGAUUUGAUCUGUAGGGCCUCUUGGCUUUGGCCUGACCACCUCCCAUAGUUGUUUCCGUGGGAAUCUGGCUUUUAAGGGAAUAGGUAAGUAUGGCGUAUCUGAAGUAGAUUAUGUUGUUCAGUAGUGAACACCAUAUCUACGAAGUAGCCAUACUUACCUAUGCUACCCUCCCACCUCCCCUCUUUCUGUUUCUGAGGUUCGUUUGCCUAAGAAAGAGGAAGUGAGCCACGCACGCAAGGUACUUAUAGUAUAUAGGGCGGGGUUUCCCUCCUUGUCGUGCGGGGCUCUAGUCUGCGUUGCAGACUUUUUCUCCU